AAAUCACCUGAGUUUCGCCGGAACGUGUGGCGAGGCGCCCGGGGACGGGGUGGGGGACGCGUUUUGGUGUGGCAGAACGCGGAAGCGGCGCGGUCCAGAGUGGCGCCCCCGGCACCGGCAGCGCCAUCGCCGCGAUGUCCUCCGACUUCGAGAGCUACGAGCAGGACUUCGCCGUGCUCACGGCAGAGAUCACGGGCCGCAUCGGGAAGGUGCCGAAGCUGGUAGGAGAUGAGAAGAAGCAGAUGGUUGCAAAUGUUGAGAAACAGCUUGAAGAAGCAAGGGAACUGCUGGAGCAGAUGGAGCUUGAAGUCCGAGAGAUCCCACCUCAGAGCCGAGGGAUGUACAGCAGUCGAAUGAGGAGCUACAAACAAGAAAUGGGAAAACUUGAAGCUGACUUUAAAAGGUCACGAAUCGCCUACAGUGAUGAGGUGCGGAAUGAACUCCUAGGGGAUGACGGGAAUUCCUCAGAGAACCAGUUGAUAAAAUUACGUGAAGAGAGGGCACAUCUGCUCGAUAACACAGAGAGGCUGGAAAGGUCAUCUCGGAGACUAGAGGCUGGAUACCAAAUAGCAGUGGAAACCGAGCAGAUUGGACAGGAGAUGCUUGAAAACCUCAGCCAUGACAGAGAGAAGAUCCAGCGGGCUCGGGAGAGGCUUAGAGAAACAGAUGCAAACCUGGGGAAGAGUUCCAGGAUUUUGACGGGAAUGUUGAGAAGGUAAGGCCAAGGAUCAUCCAAAACCGGAUUUUGAUCGUUGUGCUGGCAGUCAUCAUCAUCUUCACCACCAUGAUGGCUAUUUAUUUUUCUGUCAGGGGACGCUGAUAUCUUUGUUCUUCACUAAACAGCAACAAACUGCUUGUUCUGAGUAAUUAAGACAAAGUGGUCACAUGAAUCAUUCUCUUGCACUGACAGAGUCUCCCUCUCUUUUCCACUUUUCAACUCAGGUGCAAGUGGUGUAAAAUAUUUUGUAUUAUUGAUGGCAUAGUUGAUGGCAUGUGGGGCUAUUUUUUUCUUACAUGUUUGUCCUUAUUUGAGUGUUUUCAGGAUCUUAAUAUUUGUUGGAGUGAGGGCUUGUUCUGGUAUAAAAAGACUUAAUAUGUGUUGAAUUCACCCACAGACAAUUAGCCUGUAAGUUGCCAGAGUUUCAUGAGGGAAGAGGGGUCUUUGCACUUUUCUUGUGCUGUGCAGGGUGUAUGAAUAUCAAGCAGUAUCUGACCCUCUGUGAUUUAAAAUAUAAGUAAAGCAAAGACCAAAUGAUGUAGAAAGUGAACCUGUCUCCUGUGACUAACUCCCAAUCAAACAUUAUCGUAGUAGAUGUAACCUGGUUAAGAACAGUAGCUAGUUUUAAAAAGAGAGCAACCUUAGGAUGGUGUUUAUUAUAUGAUGUAAAUCCAAAACUCAAUUUAAAAAUUUUUUGUUUUAAGUUAGGCUUUCUUUUCUGCUUAUUCAAAGCAAUUCCACUUUCAUCAAGAUCAUGAAAACACAUCACUUACCUAAAAUGUAGUUAUGGCUACAGCCCAUCUGUUGAAUCUCUUUUAAAUCUUCCAGUGUUGAUAUAUGUACUGAUAAGCAUUACACACUAGGCCCUUAAUGAAGAUAUUUAAAGAUACUUAUCUAUUUGUUGCUGAUUGAAAAGAGAUCUUAAGUAAUAGUUCAGCAACAAAUGUGUGAUUAUAGUGCAUUAAACAAUCUUGAUUUUUAAUACUGGCCUGACUAUGUUGAGACUGCAUGUUGGAGUAUUUUGAGUGUAUUAAAUUCUGAUGUGAUAUUCCCCUUUUUAAACAGAAACUGUAAAAAUGUUAAUUUAUAUAUGCUUUUAGCUGAUAUAAUAUAUCAUAGUUUCAUCUA